AACGAUUUUACGAGUGUCUUAUUUCGUUUGACACGUCUCACUAUCUAAAAUAAAACUACAAAGAAAAUAAAAUCUGAUACAAUUGUGAGUGACCAGCUGAAACCAAUUUUCCAAGAACCCCAAAAAAAUGCAUUCUCAAGAAGAAAUUCGGAACCUCCCGAUCGAUAUAGCGUUCGCUCGCCUAGGAGAAUGGCUGGUGGAUCGGAAGAGGAUUCCUGCGGAUUGGAGAAAGCGAAUGGCAGCUGUGAGGGCGAGGAUAGCGACGUCGUUCGCUUCGCUGCCAAAGGAGAUUGAUCCCCUUUUCCAAACCCUCGACAUCGAAGGAAUUGGCUACUUGGAAGCAAAACAGAUAUAUGAUAUUCUUUUGAAGUCAACUCCAGAAAGCCGUAAUAUUUUUGGUCGGCUUUCGGGCGCUGCUGGUGAUUGGGAGACAAUAGUUCGUGCUUAUGAGAAAGAUCAUAUUUUUCUUGGUGAAGCUGCACAGAUACUGGUCCAAAAUGUCACCUAUGAAAUUCCAUACCAGAAGAAGCAAGUUCAAAAGAGUCAACAACAGCUAGCAGAGUUGGAGAAAAAGGAAGCUGAUAUAAAAAGAAAUGCGGCUCUUUCAGCCGCAAAGUAUGCAGAGGCCUGCCGGGAGCUAGGGUUGCAGGGUAUUAAUGUCCGGUCAGAGUUGUUAGAAGCAGCCAUAGCUACUCUUCCAAGCACUUUCAGUGAGAUAUUGGAAGUAUUGAACAGUGACUCUGUUUCAAAGACCAUUGAAUUCUAUUCCAUGUUUGUCAAAGAGGCUCACACAGAUAAGGAUAAAAUUCCCAGCCCCAUUUUGCGUAAUUUGGUUUAUGUUCGAGAAAAGCCCCCUUCUCUUCAUGUUUCUGCAGGUCCCGAAAUUUGUGGUUCUAUCAGUGCUCAACAGUACCUUGACGAGCCAUCUUUAAUAGCUGGGGCAGUGGAUAUUGCAUCCGAAAGCAUUGACUGGGAUAUUACAUUAGACAGCUCUCAAAUUGAUUGGGAUAUUGGCACUAUUGAGACAGAUGAUAAUGGAAAUGGAUUGGGCCCAUAUGAAAUUGUUAAUGCUAGUGAUAUAUUGCCAGAUUCUCCUCUCAAAGCUGGUGUCGAGGCUCAUCAGGGAUCUGAAAGUAAGGAAGACCCUACAGCUCGGGAGGUCUCGGUUUCAGAGAUUUCUUGGGAUGUAAACGUGGAGAAUCCACAGAUUGUUAAGGUUGAUGAAGCAGAUUUAUCGAGCACUCAUAUAGAAUCCGGCUUAACCUAUAAUUACACUAAAAUUGAGGCAUCUGGGGAUAAUCAAGAAAGGAGUGAGCUUAUGGAGACAGAGUACAGGAAUAAGCUUCUAGACGACUUAUUUGAGGCGAAAGCUUUUCUGAACCAACGAUUACUCGAAUUGACUAAUGAAGAAACUUUAUCACUACAACAUCAAGUCCAAGCUGUAGCUCCCUUUGUGCUUCAACAGUACACUCCGGAAGCUAUUCAAGUAAUGCUGUCCGACAUCUCUCGAGCCAUCUCAAAAUUAACCAAUAGGAAAAUUAGGGACCUGAUCAUGAUACUUAAUUCCAGAAGAUUUUUGGAUCGUUUGGUAAGUACACUGGAAGAAAAGAAACGUCACGAGAUUAAGUUAAAGGAUGGUCUGAAAGAUCUCUACACUAAGCGCCUGGAGCUGCAGAACUCGUUAUCUUCGUCAUGGCCUAAACAGGAAGCGGCUCUUGUGAAGACCCGGGAGUUGAAGAAACUUUGUGAGAGCACACUUUCGAAACUUUUUGAUGGGAGACCGGACAAUGGUUGGAGUCCAACUGAUCAUUUGAAGGGUAGAAGAAAUGGGCUUGAGGAAAUAUAUGAGCUUAUCCACCACCAGAAAAUGAUUAAAAGAUUCCAUUCUACUUUGAGAUGUUCGUAUAAUCGUGUCAGCAAUGGUUUGCAAAACGUUGCAGAUCCUAAUUUCAAGAAUGAACAAUCAUUUAAUGUCUACGUAAGCACCUUGUGCAAGCAGAAGCUUUUUAAAGAUGCCCUUCUGGCCUUUGAUGCAUUAGAAAAGAAUGCAGAUUUACUGAUAGAUCCAAGUACUUAUACUCAUUUGAUCUCUGCAUGCUCGUCUUUGAGAUCAAUAGAAUAUGGACGACAAAUUCAUAACCACAUCUCGAACUCCAACUCACUUCCCAAUAUGAUUCUCGAGAAUCAUAUUCUGAAUAUGUACGGAAAAUGCGGUUCGACAAAAGAUGCCAAGAAUGUCUUUGACAAUAUGAAGAUGAGAAAUGAGGUGACCUGGACUGCUUUAAUCGCUGGUUACUCACAAAAUGGUCUUGACAUUGAAGCCGUAAAUUUGUAUAUCCAAAUGCUGCAAACUGGUUUUAUGCCAGAUCAGUUUACGUUCGGGAGUGUGAUUAAAGCUUGUGCGAGUCUGGCUAAGGCUAGUUUAGGGGGUCAAUUACACGCACAGGUAAUUAAAUCCGAAUUCGGUUCUCACUUAAUAGCUCAAAACGCUCUUAUUGCAAUGUAUACUAAGUUCGGUCAAAUUGAUGAGGCCCGCAAUGUGUUUUCCCACAUGAAGUCGAAUGAUUUGAUUUCAUGGAGUUCAAUGAUUGCUGGGUUUUCAAAACUUGGUUACGAAUUGGACGCUUUAUGCUGUUUCAAGGAAUUUCUGUCUCUGAGUACAUACAAACCAAACGAAUUUAUUUUCGGCAGCGUUUUCAGUGCCUGUGGCUCAAAAGGUCAGCCAGAAUGCGGAGAACAAAUACACGGGCUUACUAUUAAAUAUGGGUUCGAAAGCAAUGCUUUUGCUGGUUGCUCGCUAACUGAUAUGUACGCAAAAUGUGGGUUGUUUAAUUCGGCCAGAAAAUCAUUUGGAUUGAUAGAAAAUCCCGAUAAAGUGUCCUGGAAUGCACUUAUUGCGUGCUUUGCAUACGGAGGUGAUGCAAAUGAAGCCCUGUCGAUUUUCUCCCAGAUGAGAAAAUUAACGUUGGCUCCGGAUGACAUCACUGUUCGUUCUUUACUUUGUGGCUUCACAGAUCCAUUUUCCUUAUCUCAAGGGAAACAAGUUCACUCUUUUAUAAUAAAAAUCGGGCUCACUCUGGACCUUCCCGUAUGCAACACUUUACUCACCAUGUACGCUAAUUGCUCUGAUUUCGAAAACGCGUAUAGAAUGUUCGACGAAAUUCAGGGCAAUGCUGAUUUAGUCUCCUGGAACGCUAUACUUACCAUGUGUGCUCGUCAGCACAAGGUAAAUGAAGUUUUCUCGUUAUUUAAGACGAUGCUGUUAGUUCACGGCAAGCCCGAUCACAUCACUUUGGCCAAUGUGCUCGGGACAUGUGGAAAAAUCGCCUCUUUAGAAACUGGGGCCCAAGUUUUCUGCCGAGUAGUGAAAACUGGGCUCGACUCAGACAUAAUGGUCGUGAAUGGGCUUCUCGACACGUUUAACUUUGGGGAAAACGAGGUGGGGAAAAGGGCGGCCGAGAAUAUUUUGAGGAUGGAUCCUUCGAAUUCGGCUGCGCACGUUUUGCUUUGCGGUAUAUAUGCCUCGGCUGGCGAGUGGAGUGACGUGGCGGGUUUGAGGAGUUCGAUGAGAGAGAAAGGCGUGAAGAAAGUCGCUGGCCGGAGCUGGAUCGAGGAUAAGGAUGGGAUUCACGUGUUUUCGGCGGAGGAUGGAUUGCAUCCUGAGAGGGAUAGGAUUUUUGCCAUUGUAGAGGAGCUGUGGUUGCAGAUUUUGGAUGUUGAUGAUUGUGUGUUGUCCUUGGAACUGGAAUAG